AUGGCUACUUGCCGCUCAUGCUCUGCGCUCAUGCUGGCUGCUGUUAGCUGCAUGAUUGCUGCUAUUACGCUUGGCACGGGUGCUACUUUUGCUGCUGCGCUGCGACCUCCGUCCGGCCUGUAUGGCAUUGGCGCCAAUUUUAACUUGGUGCGCAUCGAUCCGAAAACGGGCAACAUCACGACGGUCGGACCUGCCGUGCCCUUCCUCCAAUCCCAGCAGCUGGCGGCGGUGGAUCCCGUCAGUAGCAUCUUUUAUGCCGUUGGACAAAACGCGACGGGUCAGGUCGUGAUUGGGCUGGACAUGAACACCGGACUCGUCGUUUCUCAGACGCCGCUCCCGUUCGUCUCGAGUAUGUUCAUUGGCGUUGGUCAAGUGUUCGACUUUGACCCCCUUACAAAUCGGCUCAUUGCCAUGGGGCGCGAAGCAGGCAAUUCCACCCACUUCAUUCUUUCGAUCAACCCAAUCACCGGUGUGACCAGCAACGUGGCUCUCAUCCCAUCAACCACCUCGACAGACUUGCUGGGUGGCAGCUCUGGAUUUGACCCCUCUGCCGGCAUUCAGUGGGUCGAGUUGGACGUCAGCAACAAUGGCACCCUCGAGACGGACUUGUUUGCCGUCAACUUGACAACCGGGCAGAUUGCUCACCAGAUCCCAGACAAGUACAAUGUCAACAGCAUGGCCUUUGACCAAGGCACCAACUCUAUGCUUUGCUUUACCUUCGAUGACGCCAGCACGACGCGGCAGCUCAUGUCUCUCGAUUCCGCCACUGGAGCAUUGAAGAAAAUUGGCACUGUCAAAGACUACACCUACACGAACGGCGAUAUUGUCGCAUUCGACUCUGAAAAGCGCAUUCUCUACGGCAUUUUCACGAAACAAUCUGGCGCUCCGGCCACCACUCUCUUCUUGGUUGGCGUCCAUCCUGAAACGGCUGCAGUGGUCUCGAGCGUCCAGCUGUGUCAAGACCCGGCGAGCUGUCUCUGGGCGAUGGUGUAUCUUCCGUAA